CGGACACGCAGGAAAACGUCGCAAAAGCCCCCGGACAAUAAACAAACGAGACAGUCGAACUGCCUGAAGAGAAAGACACACAUUAUUAAUUCCCAGUGAAACUGCAAUAUAUUUAUUUUCACGUAUUUACAGUACAGUUAGUGUAUAUUCAGUUUAGAUAAAAGUCGAACGAAUUGUUCAGGCGCUCGAGUUAAGACCCUCCGCCCCCCAGCCCGUCAAGCUAUCGAGGGUGCCAGCUAACACCAGCGCUAAUAUGUGUGAUCACACUGAAUCAUUUCACUAGUUUCCAUUACUUAAACCGCUCGAAAAGGAACAGUUCAACAUUGACUCGUUUUUAGUGUACAGCAACGCCGACGGUAUGAAUAAACAACAAGUUGAAGGACGUCCACAGAAAAAGAGUGAUGGAGCUCAUCAGCAAAGUGCCGAUUUGUCUUCGCCUGUCCUUGCCGCCUUCAAAGUCUUCCAGAAGGAGCUUGACACCAAACAUGACAAACACGAACGCCUUGUCAAGCUCAGUCGAGACGUCACCAUUGAGAGCAAGAGGACAAUUUUUCUUUUGCACAGAGUGACAAGUGUUCCAGAUGUCGAGGUGGUUUUGAAUGAGGCAGAUGGAAAACUGGAUGGCGUCAGACAGAAAAUUGGUCAAAUUGCUGAAGAGCUGAAAGGAGAGGAUAUCUUUCAGUUUCACAGAGCAUUCACUGCAGGAAUCCAGGAGUAUGUGGAAGCUGCCUCCUUCCAGCACUACAUCCGUCAUCGCAGCCUCAUCAGUCUGGAGCAGAUCAACGCCAGUCUGGUGUUCAUGACAGGAGACAAGGUCUCUGCUGACACACUGCCAACGGGAGCUCAGGUCCUGACCUUCCAGGUGGUGCCGUCAGACUAUCUGCUGGGCAUAGCAGACCUGACGGGAGAGCUGAUGCGCCUGUGCAUUAGUAGCGUGGGCAAUGGUGACAUCGACACGCCCUUCCAGCUGAGCCAGUUCUUGCGCCAGAUCCACGAUGGUUUCACCUUCAUCGGGAACACUGGUCCUUAUGAGGUUUCCAAAAAGCUUCACACGCUGCGUCAGAGCCUGGGCAAAGUGGAGGACGCCUGUUACACCCUAAGAGUUCGUGGUUCUGAGAUUCCCAAACACAUGUUGGCUGACGUCUUCUCCAGUCGGAACGCUCACAUGGACACAGAGGAAGGUGUGGUCUAAUUAUUUUACAAACGUUUCUAUAAUAUAGCCCAAGUUAACUGUACUUUCUUACGUUUAAUGAUGUUCUUUCAUAUUACCGGUACAAUAAAACGUUGCAACAUAUUUUUUCUCAAGAUGAAGAUAUGAUGACUUCAGCUGUUUCAUAAGGAUAAUGAUUCUACGCCAAGUAUGACCUGCUUUGCAAGACUUAAGGUUUCUUUGAUAACGUGUGUGUUUAUUUUAUGUCUCUCUCUGCCCUCCCCUUCCCCUAUCACACACAGAUAAUCUAAGGUAGAACAUGUGACCUUUGUUCAGGCCCAUUCUAUGGCAGCCUUCUGACGCACAUGCACGCUCACACACGCAAAACAACCCCUGUAUGGUUGGCAUGGAGCACCCCUUCCUGUUAUCUCAUCACCUAUAAGUCAUGUCACUUGUGUCUAUAGCUUUUGCUAUAUAAACUAUCAUGAAAUGUUGCAAAUUAUUGGAAAUUCUUUGAAUUUUCUCUUGUACGCAUUCAUUUUACAGCUUGUAGAGCUUUUGCACAAGCUCUAUUUAAGUGAUACUUUAUGUUUUUGAUAAAUGCUUUUGCAAAAUAAUCUUUUUUUCAUCUUGACGCACUGGAGUUAUGUAUUUUGAAUAAAAGGGAAAGCCUGCCA